UCGUCUCGUUGAUAGAGUAUAUCCACACACAAUUUUACUUCUAUUAGUAUUCUAUAUUCCUUGUAUCACUUAUAUUAUGGUCGGCUCAGAAAAAUCAAUCCAUUUGCUGAGAGCUCACACUUCUAUCUCAUGGAGACGUGGUUCCUCGUCUUCAUCUGCAUCGCCAUUUCUGCAUUUCUGAAAGUUCUCAUCGACCUUUUCUUUCCUUCCAAGGAUCCCAACCCCAACCUCAACCUCCCUCCUGGUCCCCUUAACUCUCCUAUCAUCGGCAACAUUCUAUGGCUCCGCAAAUCCUUCGCUGAACUCGAGCCCGUCAUUCGUUCCCUCCACGCUAAGUUCGGCCCAGUUAUCACACUCCACAUCGGCCCUCGCCCCGCUAUUUUCGUUGCUGAUCGCUACCUUGCCCACCAUGCCUUGAUCCAAAACGGUUCAGUUUUUGCUGACCGGCCCUCUGCUCUUGCUAUUGGCAAAAUAAUCAGUAGCAAUCAGCAUAACAUCAACGCGGCCUUUUACGGCCCUACAUGGCGUCUCCUCCGGCGGAAUCUCACUUCAGAAAUCCUCCAUCCUUCAAGGGUGAAGUCCUAUUCUCACGCAAGAAAGUGGGUGCUGCAAAUCCUCCUCAAUCGCUUUGAAUCGCAGUCGAAAUCUGGACAUCCGGUUCGUGUUGUGGAUGUUAUUCGUUACGCCAUGUUUUACCUGCUAGGCCUCAUGUGCUUUGGUGACAAGCUCGAUCAGAAACAAAUUAAAGAAAUUGAAAGAGUUGAGCGUGACUUGCUUUUGAAUAGUGGCAGAUUCAAUUUACUCAAUUUCUGGCCAAGAUUGUUCAAAAUCGUGUUUCGCAAACUCUGGUCAGAGUUCUUGCAGCUUCGAAAGAACCAAGAAGACGUAUUAAUUCCUUUAAUAAGAGCAAGAAAGAAGGUAAAAGAAGAAAAAUUGAGCAAAUCCAAGAACGAAAAUGAUGACUAUAUCUUAUCAUAUGUUGAUACACUUCUAGAUCUUCAACUUCCUGACGAGAAAAGGAAGCUCAGCGAAGAUGAAAUUGUUACUUUGUGCAAUGAAUUUCUUAACGCAGGCACAGACACUACCUCCACGGCCUUGCAAUGGAUAAUGGCGAAUUUGGUUAAGUACCCACAUAUUCAGGAGAAGCUUUUCAUGGACAUUAAAGGGGUUGUUGGAGAUGCAGCAGAAGAGAUAAAGGAAGAUGAUCUGCAAAAGAUGGCGUAUCUGAAAGCUGUAGUUUUAGAAGGGCUAAGGCGGCACCCACCAGGGCAUUUUGUGCUGCCACAUGCAGUGACUGAAGAUGCAAUGUUGGGUAACUAUUUAGUGCCCAAAAAUGGGACUAUAAAUUUCAUGGUAGCAGAGAUGGGUUGGGAUCCAAAGGUGUGGGAGGAUCCAAUGGCGUUCAAGCCUGAGAGAUUCAUGGGGAGUGAAGAGGUGUUUGAUAUAACAGGAAGUAAGGAGAUUAAGAUGAUGCCAUUUGGAGUGGGAAGGAGGAUGUGCCCUGGCUAUGGCUUAGCAAUGCUUCAUUUGGAGUAUUUUGCAGCUAAUCUGGUAUGGAAUUUUGAGUGGAAAGCCGUGGAUGGAGAUGAUAUUGACCUUUCUGAGAAGCAGGAGUUUACAAUGGUGAUGAAGAAUCCAUUGCAGGCCCUCAUAUCUCCCAGGUUCAAAAAAAUAAGGUGAAAUUAAUGUUAUAGCAUUAGUAGCUCACUAAUAUACAACUAGUUGCAUAAUUGCCUUUAGCUUUCAAUAUUACUGUUAGAAUGCAGGAUAUAAAAAAUAGAAUCAUACUUCAUUUAAGUAGUUUGUUGUAUGAGGAUAUUGAAAUAAUUAAUUAACUAGGAGCAGAUCAUGUAGAUUAUGAUAAAAAGGGACAGGACACAUGCUUAUAGUUAUUUAAGUAUGAAGAGAGCAGAGUAUAUUGCUAA